UUUGUUCUCAUUCCAAAGAUUGUCUCGAACUUGAAGAAUACGUUUUAUAAAACUUUUAGUUUUUAAUUUAAAUAAAAAUUUGUAACGUGUAAAAAAAUUAAAUUUUUUUUUAAAUGGUUUUUAAUUGCAACAGCAACAAUUUGGUAAAAUAUUUUUAGUGAAAAAGUAAAAAAGCGUAAGCAUUAAGCAAAAGGAGAGGAGAUUAAAGGAAAGCAAAAGACAAGCGCGCAUGUUGAACAACACCACGCCGCCACAGCAAAGGAACACACGCGAAAAAAUGAGUAAAACCACUAAAAGCGCGACGAGUACACGCAAGAACAGCAGCCACAAAUACGAAGAAAAUGAAGCCGAUCAAAACGACAAGCUGUCCGACGAGCUGAGUGUCAGCAGUUCGGAAGAAGACAUUGUCGUGUCGAGGAAAUCACGUAAACUGCAGCCAACAGAUGCCGCUGAUUAUGAGGAGGGUGGCGGCAUUUACGACCGAGGCGGCCGUAGGCGACGCCGCGGUGCUGCCAGCAAGAGGCGUCGUAGUCGUGGCCGACGAUCGCGGUCACGCCGCCGCCGCCGCUAGAUGUAUUUUGUUCCUUGCAGUUUUCUUUUUUAUUUUUUGGAUAAAUUUCGUGUGAGAGAAAUUCUAAUUAUUUUUCAUUUUGAUGCGCUUACCAAAAUUUUGUAUGCUUUGAAUGGUAGUUAAAAUUGAAUGUAAUUGAAAUUGUUUGUGAAAAUAAAUUGCAAGUGAUCAUUUUAUUAUAAUUACGAA